AUGUCUUCAAGAUCUUCUACCUCAGAACCACCAACACCCUCUUUCUCAAAGCCAGUCCGCUCCUGUGCCAAUUGCCACAAGCCAGAAACUUCUAUGGGAAGCUUCCCCAGUUGUGAACGGUGCAAAACUCCCUACUGCUCUCGCGAUUGUCAAAAGGCCGACUGGCCGACUCACGAACCAAAUUGUAAAGAACGCUAUAAAUUCAGUAUAACAAUACACGGCGAUAACAUUCCAGACGGUUUGGAUAUCGAAGCUUUGAAGAAGAAAGCCGAACAAGAUGGUAAAGAGUUCCAGUUUAUACAACUGCCUUCGGGUCAAACGGGCGGCGGAUCGAAGGGAGAAAAGAGGUGA